UUUUUAGGUUUUUCACCUAAUACACCAGUAAAUCAAUUCCCAGUUUCUCCAAGUAUUCCUUAUUUUUAUGGUCACCCGCUUGCACAUCCUCAAUUAACAAUUCCUCCCCAGAAUUCUUUCAGCUUUCUCUCUCACCCACAAACCGCUGCUACUUUCAUAUCUCAGAAUAUUCCAGCUGAUGUACACAAUUCGGUGCAGACAUUUCCUGUCCCGGCUGAAAACGGGGAGAAUGGUAGAAAUUCACUUGGGUCAGAUAUUAUUACAAACCUAAAAGAAUGGGCUAUCAUUGACUUCGAAGGAAAUGGGACGUUUAGGAUUGCAGGCACUCAUUUGGAAUCUGGUCAAUUACAUUCAUCUGGAAAUAUCGUGUUCGUUAAUAAUCAAGGAAACCUUGUAUCAGAUGGACAACAGACUUUCCUUUUGCAUGGACCUAUUGCUUGGGGGUUAUACGAAGUUCAGUUUUCUGUAGCCAAAAUUAAUCCUAACCCCCAGCUCAAGCAGGCUUUCUCUAAUGGUCUCCCUAAAACUGAUCGAAAGCGUUGGGUUUCCAAGUUAUUUAAUUUUUUAGAGGAAAUAUCUGGCAAAGCUUCUGUUUUUCAAAAUGCCGUUGUUGGUUCUCAAAUGUCCUCAUCUCCUCUUUCUCCAAUCCGAAGGAAUUCCGAAAAUAGUUUCAAUGGUCGUCUUGUUAAUGAUAUUUUAUAUGUUGAUGAAGCUGAAACAGUUCCGAGCGUCACAAUGCUGGAAGAAGAGGAGAGCAGUGUCUCUUCCGACAAAUCUGAAGAAUCCCGAGCGGAAAGUCGUCGGACGCGAUUUGGACGCAGACCUUAUCCCAAGUUUGUUAGUGUGGGUGUUCAGACCUUGCCUCAAAAACCGCCUGAAAGGCCAAAGACGGUCUCUAGAUCCACGUCCACUCGAAAUGAGCGCGAAACGUCACCAAUAUCUGAUUGGAUGCUUCGUGGAUGUCGAUUGGAUAAGGUCUUUCAGACGGCCUACUCCGAUGAGGCAAAUCACUUUCGGAGCACUGGUAGCUCUCUUAUUGCUGAUGAGGCGGGCCCUUCAUCUUCAAGUCGGCUUUCCAACCACCCUCCUAAUGAGGCCUCGAAUUCCAAAUCUUCACGCCAAGCAAGUCACAUUUAUCAUUGCGAAAUGAAAGAAUAUGAGAGUAGUUGCAGUCCUAAGUUUACCGAAUUCUUUUCCCAUCUUAGCGCGGGCUCUCCUUGGAAGAGUCCUAAACAACUCCCUUCCUCCAGUACCGAAGGCACCUCCAAAAAAAAGUUCUCAAAGGUCUUUCACAGCAGAUCAUCGAAAUCGACGACUCCAGUAUCGAAUUCUUCCUCUUCCAUUUCAAAUAUCAGCUGCGCUUACUUGAAAGAAACCUUACCACGAUGUAAUCAGGUCGAAAUUACCAAGAAGAUGAAGGCCUUCUCUAAUCUCGAUGAAAAACAUACUCUGAUCACCCAAAACGGAAUUGUGGAUGUUCGGGAUCUUAAACGAACGCGUUCAGGUCGACUCAGUAUUCCAACACGGGGCAUUUUGCAUCGCCAGAAGAUUGUCUGCAAUGGAAAUGACAUAUCCGUAUCUCAUGGAGAAUUCGGAAAGUACUUCUCCAGUCAGCUUGACAAUUAA